UGCACUCAACCAGAACCAGUAACUCAGUGACCAAGCCACUACGGUAGGCCAUCUCCUUCUCUCCUGCUGCGCGUCUCUACUGUCAUCCAAAUCCUCCCCGUCUCUCCUUCAUUACUUUUUUCAUUUCCAUUUUCCAUUCCAAUCCUAACCCCAACCCUUUUUCUCUUUCUCUUUCUCAAACAUCAGCGAAACCACAAACACAGAAAAAUGAAAGCCUUCUUAAGCGCUUUUCUGCUGGCACUUGUUCUUGCUACCACCCCCCUCUCCGCUGCUGUUCUCCCGGAAUCCACUGUACCUUUUGAAGACGAGAUAAAGAACACCAAAGGCAAGGACAUCAACAAGGUUGGAGGUGGUGGUGGUGGAGGAGGAGACGAUGGAGGCUUGGGCGGUUUCUUCGGGCCAGGAGGAGACAGUUUUGGAAUUCCAGGCUGGGGCAACGGUGGCAUUCGAGGUGGCUACGGUGCCGGUUACGGCGGUCCUGGUGGAGGUUACUCAAAGGGCGGCGUUAUACGGCCAACGGUGGUUUGCAAGGAGAGAGGUCCUUGUUACAAGAAGACGGUGACUUGUCCGGCCAAAUGCUUCACCUCCUACAGCCGCUCUGGUAAGAACUAUGGCGCCGGCAGUGGCGGCGGUGGUUGCACCAUCGACUGCACGAAGAAGUGUACUGCUUACUGUUAAAUAAGGAUUAACUUACUUGUACUAGCCGGAACGGCCGUUUUGUUGUCGCCGGUAAAGCGAUAGUAGUUUCUUUUUGCUUUCUCGUUUUCUAGAUAAAGCGUUCAGUAUAGUGUUUUAGAUCUGUACGUAAGAAUUAGAUGCUAUAUUAGAUUUGAGGUUUUUUUUUUUUAAAUGAAGGUUUUAUGCAUUUCUUUUCUAUA